AUGGCCCGAUACACAGACAAGCAAUGGUACUGCCACUGCGGUGAACCAGCAAAAUGGUACGACUCCAAGAAGGAAGGCUCCUACGGAGACAGGUUCAUCCGGUGUCCUCGCCCCCGCAACGUGCAAUGCAAGUUCUUCCUCUGGGAGCGAAACGAGCCUUCGGAGCGGCAGCGCUAUGAACGUGGCUCGACCGUCCCACAGACACCACAGUCUGUGAGGCGGACUGAGCUGCCCACGCCGCAGACCGGUAGCUCCAAGCUGGAGAGCCGGCUUGCUGCCAUCUCGUUCGAUCGGGAGACGUCUCCUACGCCGAGGAAGGGACGGGGUCGUCAGGUGGACAGUGAGGAGGAGGUGGAUUUGUAUGGGGAGGUGGUGGACCUGUUGAAGUCGGAGGGGGUGGUGCUCAAGGAGAGCGUGAAGAUACAGCUGGAGGAGCUUGUGAAUUUGCGUGUUGCGGAUUAUGAGACCAAGGUUAAGAUGUCGCAGAGGGCGGUGAAGAGGUUGCAGAGACAGCUUUUGGAGUUGGAGUAG